AUGACAUAUGGGUUUUGUGCGGCGAACCACCCCUAUUUGAACGCUGCUGUGUUCCGUUACCCGUACGAGCCCAGCGGACCUGACACCUUCACCGGCUUUAAUUGCACUGGCGCCUGGGUCGCCUCCGGCUCCUCGUACCGCUACUGCUACAAGGAGGGGGGAAACCAAUACGUGCCCGGCCCUCCUUACGACGCCUGCUGCACCUUGCUUGGAUGCCUCUACGCAGUCGACCAGGCCACAAAGAUCCCUCAUGAGCAAAGACUCGCCAGAAUUCACGAUGACCAAUGGGAGGCUAUCAGCACCGAUUGGGAAUUGGACCUCAACACCAUCAUGUACCGGGACGGACCACUCAAGCGUCUUCAGCUGAGUCUCGAGACAUGCUUCUGUCCCAUGGGAUGCUGCCGCAAGGUGGAUUUCGUGUGCGGUGUGCUUCAGAGGCGGUGGGGAGCUGAGGUUCCCGAAAUCAUUGAGAUCAUCGGCUGGGCUGACGACGAGGAGAAGGACCUCAUCAGUCGGAAGCUGAACGAUACAACCACGACAACCACGAAACACCCGGAUAUGGAGACUAAGAGCAUAAAGGUACAGACCACGGACUCGUUCAACCUCGACUCCUCGGCAGUACCUCACAGCGAGCAAAAAGAGCCAGACCUCGAACGCCAAAACGAUGAUGUCCCCCAGGCCCACCACGACCCCAAGCAAUCCGCCUUCAAGUCGCUCGGCUGGCUGAACCGCUUCCUCGCCGUCUGGAUCCUGCUCGCCAUGAUCGUCGGCGUCGUGCUGGGAAACUUCGUGCCAGGAAUAUCCGACGCCCUGGACCAGGGGAGGUUCGUCGGCGUCUCGGUGCCCAUCACUGUUGGGCUGCUCGUCAUGAUGUAUCCGAUUCUGUGCAAGGUCCGGUACGAGACGCUACACGAGGUCUUUUCUCAUCGGGGCAUCUGGAAGCAGAUCGGUUUUAGCGUCUUCGUGAACUGGGUCGUGGCGCCCUUUUUGAUGUACGGCACGUUUAUGACUAACGUAUUUACUCGAUGGCAGCUUGCGCUCGGGUGGGCUUGCCUGCCCGACAAACCUGAGCUCCGGACGGGUCUUAUAUUAGUAGGACUAGGCCGCUGCAUUGCCAUGGUCUUGAUCUGGACCGGGCUGGCAGGCGGCGACGGAGAGUACUGCGCCAUCCUAGUCGCCAUCAACUCGAUCCUGCAGAUGAUCCUAUUCGCCCCGCUGGCCAUCUUCUUCAUCCGCGUCAUCAGCGGCGAGUCCGGACAGCUCGACGUCCCCUACGACGUCGUCGCCACCAGCGUAGCGGUAUUCCUCGGCAUCCCCCUCGGCGCGGCGGUGAUAUCGCGCUUCGGGAUCCGUGCCGUGGCCGGGCCGGCGUGGUACGAGAAGGUGUUCCUGCGUUUCGUAGCGCCUUGGUCGCUAAUCGGCCUGCUGUACACGAUCCUGGUCCUCUUCGCGUACCAAGGCCAUCAGGUGGUCCACCAGAUCGUGUCUGUCGUGCGCGUGGCGGUGCCGCUGCUUCUGUACUUCGUCGCCAUCUUCUUCCUGACUCUGUGGGCGACAUACCGGUGCGGCUUCGGGUACGCGCUUGGUGCCACGCAGAGCUUCACGGCGGCGAGCAACAAUUUCGAGCUCGCCAUUGCGGUCGCCGUCGCUACUUAUGGCCCUCAUAGCGAUCAGGCUCUGGCGGCCACGGUUGGGCCUCUGAUCGAAGUGCCCGUCUUGCUUGGGCUGGUGUAUGUCGUCAAGUGGAUCGGAAACAGAUUGGCCUGGAAAGAUUGA